UCCUUCUCUCAACGUCUCGUCCCUUCCUAUUAAAGCGCGUUUCCAAAUUGUCCUGCCUGUUGAUCUUUUCAAAACCCACCUUCCAAGUUCAAAUACCACGACCACAAGCAAAAGCCGUUCGUAUCUUCGCAAGUUUGUGUAUAUAUAAGGGAGAGUUAUAUUGUGGGUGCUUGGAUUGUGGGAUCUUUUAUACUCGUGCUAUCUGUUGGUCUUCAUUUUCUUCAGUCAUAUCAUUUGUGAGGCAUGGCCUGCGCUGCUGGUUUGAUGGGCAAGAACGGGUCUUCUUGGAUUCAACUCAAGAAUAAUGAAAGGACGUUGAUGGAGAAGAGGAAGGCCUGUAAAAAUGGGGUUAAAAUCUCUUGCUCUUAUUCUUCUUCCGUUGCAGAUCCUUACAAGACUCUCAGAAUUCAUCGCAGUGCUUCUAAAUCUGAGGUCAAGAAGGCCUUUAGACAGCUCGCUUUGCAGUAUCACCCAGACGUAUGCAGAGGAAGCAAUUGCAAGGUGCAGUUUCAUGAAAUCAACGAAGCAUAUGAGAUUGUGAUGAGCAAUUUCAGAGGAGAAUCGAAUGGUCCGCAGAUGUACGAGUCGGAAGAGCAAAGGGUUGAUGAGCCGAUGAGAGGGAUGGAUGAUUCAGAUUGGGACUUGUGGGAAGAAUGGAUGGGAUGGGAAGGAGCGGGAAUCCGUGACUACUCAUCACAUAUCAACCCUUACGUUUGAUCAUCUCAACCCAGGGAUUGUGUCUGUAUAUUAUAUAUGAUGGAAGUGGGGCCUGAGUCAUUCCUUUUCUGUAUAUAUGUACCACAACAAAACAGAGAUGAUGGUUUUGGCCAUUGUACAGUCGAAAGAGUGACCUCAAGGUGUUCAUAAGAGAAUAUAACAUGAAAUUAAAGUAUAAAAGUUUCUCAUUCAUGUA